GGUGCAGUCGGUCAGUUUGGCUCACGACAGACGCAGCGAAUCAACAUGAGGGCUCUGGUAAUUUUGGCAGUGCUGGGUGUGUGCUCCGGCUACAACUGGCAGGCCACCUACGGCGGCUACGGCGUGUACGGCUCCCCUUACCAGCGGAAGUGGACAGGACCUGUGGCAGCCACCGUCCCGGCGGGCGUCGACGGUACCCUCACCCAGGUAUCCGAUACCUACGAGGUAGCCGCUGCACGCAAUGCCUUCUUCCAGGCAUACAACGCUCAGCUGGCUGCCGUGGGCGGGUAUCGUUACGGUACUCCCGCCUACCAUCACGCCACGCCGGCGGUGCAUGUCAGCGUAGCAGCGCCCGCCGCCCAAUACUCCGCUCUCACCUAUGGCGCCGCACCUGCUCCAGUCGGUGACACGCCCGCCGUGGCCGCCGCCAAGGCUGAGUUCUUCCGUCUGUACAACCUGCAGGCAGCAGCAGCAGCCGCGGCUCCAGAUCACGAUGACCAUCGCUACUAUUACUGAAGUGAAAUGCAAGAUUGUUGAUAGACAAGAGUAAGAUCGUGUCACUCUAAUUUACUUAAUAAAUUGAAUUUAUAUUUCUAAA